GGGGCUGUGGUCGGUUCAGCGGGUGCGCCGGGGACUGGCAGGGGCGGGGCGGCUUUAUCGCCCGGUUCUGCGGCUGCUGCCUGGCGCUCCAGAGCUAGCUGGACCGCUGUCCUCUCGCCAUGGGCUCCGGGCCGCGCGGGGCGCUGAGCCUAAUGCUUCUGCUGCUCGCGCCGCCGGGCCGCCCGGCCGCUGGCUGCCCGGCCCCGUGUCGCUGCGCGGCGACGCGGGUGGACUGCGGGCGCCGCGGGCUGACGUGGGCUUCGCUGCCGGCCGCCUUCCCGCCAGAUACGACCGAACUGGUGCUGACGGGCAACAACCUGACGGCGUUGCCACCAGGGCUGCUGGACGUGCUGCCGGUGCUGCGUGUCGUGCACCUGGGCGCCAACCCCUGGCGCUGCGACUGCCACCUGGUGCCGCUGCGCGCCUGGCUGGCAGGCCGGCUGGAGCGCGAGCCCUACCGCGACCUGCGCUGCGCCGCGCCCCCCGCGCUACGGGGCCGCCUGCUGUCCUACCUGGCGGAGGAGGAGCUGCGCGCCGCCUGCCCGCCUGGCGCGCUCUGCCGCGGGGCGCUAGCGGCGCAGCUCCUGCUACUCUGCCUUGGGCUGCUGCACGCGCUGCUGCUGGCGCUGCUGCUGUGCCGCCUGCGGAGGCUGCGCGCCCGCGCCGCGCGCCGGUGGCCGCUGACUACCCCGCUGGCGGAGGAGCCCGCGACCCCCGAGCCGAGCGACUGGCGCUGAGCCGUGCGGCCGGCCCGCUGACGGCCCCCCGCUCCGGGCGCAUCCUCCGCCCACACGAUCUCCCAGACGCUCCCCCCACCGCGGCCGCGCGCAGGGGCCCCACUGCUGCGCGGGCACCGCUGGCGACACGCUCGCACCCCCUGGACCUGGAUGCCGAAGCGGGCCCGGGGCGAGCCGCUGCCCAGACCAGUCGAGCCCCCCACGCCAUCUCCAGUGCGAAUAAACCCUGCUCUCCAUCCGA